CUGACAAUUGCCAGCCUUCAGGUAAGCAUCGGCUACCUUGCGUCGUCCACUCGACGAGGUUUCAUCGAACUGACGCACGACUUUCCGAUGACCACCGGUCAGUGCUUUUCUCAAGGCAUUCACAUAUACUUCUUCGAAACCGGCUUUCUGUCGCUGAGCUACCAUCUGCUGCUGAUUUCGAUCGACCGUGCCGCCAUAGUCAACUUGUACAGCUGGUCACGCGUAUUCAACGCCACGCUGACCGUCAGGAUGAUCGUACUGAUCAACGUGACGACAACGGUCGACUUCUGCGCGGUCAUCGCCCUGCGACUGGCAUGCGGCCACCAGCUGACCACGAUGAGUGCCAAGUGCUACCACGACGAUGUGGUCGGCGUCAGUCACUUCGCCUACCACCUGUACACGACGUUGGUCGUGUCCUUCCUGAUAGUGUUCGUGUACAUCGGCGCCGUGGUCACCAUGUGGAUGAAGCGCUACAACGUCGGCGUUGAUCAGUCGCGCCGACAGAGGGAGGAAGCGGUCACCAAGCGAGUCAGCGUGUUGAUCGUGCCCAUAUUCCUGUUCCACAUCAUACCGUUCACGCUCUACGCCGUCGUUGACGAGGCCAUGCCGUACUUCCAAAUCACCGCCAUCUACAUCUGGCUGCUGGGCUGCUUCAACAGCACGCUGAACAACUUCGUCUACGCGUUCCUGCACCCGGAGCUACGGAAAAUACUGUACAGAAUCGUGCUCUGCUGUUCCAACAGACGGAUACAGGUGUCUUCGUUGAACCCCGCCGGCUUCCAUACCGAGCACAUCCUACGACGAAGCUCAGACCGUCCUCGGGUGCAUGCCAUUCAGCAUUUGAUCUGA